UGCAUUUGUGCAUUGCUUUUGGUUUGCCCGACUUUUCCCCUUCGAAAAAUGCAUCGUCUGAAAGCUUGAGACCAGAGUCCACUUCUCGCUGUAAGGCGCGGAUUGCAGAGACGAGAGAGAGAGAGGGAGGAGGUGGAGAUGGGGGAUUCAAAGGUGGAGACAAUCUCGAGACUAGCUCAGUGGAGGAUCGACAACUUUGGACCCUGUUCCUUCAAAAAGUCCGAUCCAUUCAAGGUCGGAAUCUGGAACUGGCACUUAUCUAUUGAGAAGAAUAGGUAUAUGUAUAUUCGUCUAUUUCCGGAGCCCUCCAGAGCUUCAAAAGAACAGCCUCCUAUAGCUAGAUUCGUUCUCCGCGUCUCCAAUUCCGCCGCCUCCAGGAGGCCGUACAUCUCCCCUAUUCAUGAGAGACUGCUUCGGACCAGUGAUGACUUUGUCUGGCCUGUCGAUUCCACCUUUCAUGGCCGCUUCGUCAUUGAUGUCGAGUUUCUGGACUUGAAGAUAUGCCCAUUGAAUGGUGGGGAAGCCAGCUCAAUAUGGCCCAGUGAUGGAGUGAUGCAAUCUCUAGCAGCUCAAAGCACUCUUCGGUGCCUCUCUCGCAUGCUUAAUGAGGCAAUCCAUGCCGAUGUCACCAUUAACACUGCUGAUGGCACUCUAAGAGCUCACAAGGCAAUUUUAUCAGCAAGUUCCCCUGUGUUCCAAAGCAUGUUCCUUCACAACCUCAAGGAGAAGUCGUCCUCUACAAUCGACAUAGAAGACUUGUCUCUGGAAUCUUGCACGGCUCUACUUAGUUACUUGUAUGGCAACAUAAAACAAGAGGAUUUCUGGAAGCACCGGCUGGCACUGCUGGGAGCGGCAAACAAGUAUGACAUUACAGACCUAAAAGAUGCCUGUGAGGAAAGCCUAUUGGAAGACAUCAACUCAGGAAAUGUCCUGGAGAGGCUGCAGGAAGCAUGGCUUUACCAGCUUAACAAGCUCAAAAAAGGAUGCUUGAUGUACUUACUCGAUUUUGGUAAGAUAUAUGAUGUUAGAGAGGAAAUGAAUAACUUCUUCAGGCAGGCUGACAGGGAACUGAUGCUGGAAAUGUUUCAGGAGGUGCUUACAGUUUGGAAACCAGCUUAAAAAUUGUUACCCACAGUGUCUUCUCUAUCACAAACUGUCUAAUGGUGGUUAUUGUAUAUAUGCAUAUAAUAAGGAUGCUUAGCUUUGGUUUAAUGAUCUUGCAAGGUUGAACGUGGAUGAGAGUAGUCCUAAGAAUCUAUAAUAUCUAUUGAGGGAUGUUAUUUUCUAUGUAA